GCCCCUGGCGGCGGGGCGGGCGGCGGCGAUGGCGGCCGCCUCGGUGUGGAAGGGGCUGGUGGGGCUCGGCCUGUUCGCCCUGGCCCACGCGGCCUUCUCGGCGGCGCAGCAUCGCUCUUACAUGAGGUUAACAGAGAAGGAAGACGAAACGUUGCCCAUAGAUAUAGUCCUUCAGACUCUGCUGGCCUUUGCAGUGACCUGCUAUGGGAUAGUACAUAUCGCAGGGGAAUUCAAGGACAUGGAUGCCACUUCAGAACUGAAAAAUAAGACAUUUGACACGUUAAGGAACCAUCCAUCUUUUUAUGUAUUUAAUCAUCGUGGUAGAGUAUUGUUCCAGUCCCCAGACACAGUGAAUUCUUCUUCAAGCCAAGAUGCUUUGUCAUCCAGCUCAUCACUGAAAUUUAGAAAACUUGAACCUCUGCGUCGCUAAGACUUUUACAGAGUAUCAUAAUAAUCCAGGACACUGGGAUGUAAUAUUCAAGUCGGGGAUGUAAACACUUUUUUUAAUUUCUGGAGCAGUAUUUAUAUUGAUCUUCCAGACUUUAUAAAGUAUAUAUAUAUAUAUAUAAACUAAGGACCUUCUUUGUACACUGUUAAUGAAAAUGAAUUGUGAAUUGGCAACGCAGUGUAAAUUAUUCUGCAGUUAUGCUGUGAAACACAUCUUCAAAUUUUCAUCUAUUAAAACAAGUUGCAGCUGACUUUAACUUCAGUUAAAACAAACAAACAAAAACAAGUUAGUUUUUACUGCAAUUAAUGCUCUUUGACAAGAGGGGAAUGUUGGAGUGCUAUUUAUUUAGUCAGUUUGCUUGCACUACAGUUUGUGGAACUCCAGAAAUACUGUGUGCACUGCAUCACUUCACAGCAGAAGGGGCAGUGUCUCCUCUUCCUAGAAUGCCUGGGAGACCUGCAUGGUGCAGGCAAGGGAAGUCAAAAAGGUUGCUUUCAUUUUUAAUUUUUUUUUACAUGCUGAAAAAAUAGUUGUGUGUGAAGGGUGGGUUGGUUUAUUUCCUUCCCUAGUUUUUCAUUGAUCACGUUGUUUCCUUGUUGCCCUCAAAUGCAAAGUGUGUUGCCCCGGGGUGCCUGGGGUGUGUUGGGUGCCUGUGUGGGGGAAGCAGCUCAGGUUGGAUCAUGUGGAUCAUCCCACCAUGCUCAGCUGCUUUACCUGCUGUAUUUGUGUCCUCCUUGGUUGGGAAUGUUCAUCAGGUGCUGUGUUGGCACCAGCUGCAAGUUCCCCAGUCAGCUUCUGUGGGAAGUGUUUUAAGUAUCAUUAAGAACUAUCUGUUCUGUCAGGGGUGGGGUCCAGCAGCCAGGUCUGAUUGCACUGGUACAACCCCUCCCAGUACAACUGCCCCCUCUUCUGCCAACAGAGCCUUUCACUUUGAUUUCUUUUUUUUCCCCAGCUGAGCCCUUGGUUGACUUAAGAUUACUGUCUUGAUUUAAUGUGUUACAGUCCUUAACUCUUACUGACACAUAAAUUCUCACCAUCCCCUUAGGGGCUGAAUUAAUACUAAAUUUUCUCUUGGUCUGGCAUUUCACUCACCUGACAUAGCAAAGGGAGGGUAGUUUUGAGAUCCUGGUGGGGCUAACUCCAAUCCUGCCUCGUCUGAGGAUGUCUCACUGCUGCUGUGGGAACUUAUCCUUUUGUCCUGGCAUCUGUUUGUUUGGGUUUUGUGUUGUUUGUUGUUGUUUUUUCUCAAACUCUUAAGAACUCUCAGAGGUAAAAAAGCUCAGCACAAAUCCUAAGCCAGCUGAAGCCUCUUCUAGCUCUGCCCAUCCUAUGGAGUGGGUGCCCCAGUGCUAGAGCAAUAUCUGUAGCUGCUGCUCCACAAUCACUCCUGAGCAGCUGGGUUUGGUGAGGGAGGGUUACUCUGCCAGCUGAAGGCUGGAUCACUUCCCAAAGGGUCCUGGCUCCCCCUCCAUGGUGUCACAAAUCAGCUGCUGUCACCAAAGGCCUCAAAAACAGUCUCAAACCAGCUCUCUAUUGCAGACAGGGCCCCUUCCUUGGGGAAGAGGGCUGCUGUGCAGCAGCACGGCCUGGAGGAGAGGGCUGAGCAGGCCAGAGGACCUUGUGAGGCACAGAGGAAAGACAGACUUGGUGGAGGGAGAAGCCAGGCAGAAGGUCAGUAACCACUGUGCCAGGCUGAUCCUGCAGCUGUGGCUGGCAGGGAGUCUUUCCAGAGGGUCUCUGAGAGCAGGGCUGCUCCCCCUUCAUGUCUAAAAAGCCCCAUUUGUGCUACUGUAAAGCUUCCUGGACCUGCCCGAGGGGGAAGGUGCUGCUGUGGGAUGGGGUGAGUGGAGAACAUCAUCUGCUCCUCAGAGGGGUCCUGAAGGAACAUGCUGUUGGCUGCAUCAAGGUCUCUUCCGGUGACAAGUAGCCCUGCUCUUCAGCAGCAAUGGUUGUAUCACAAAGCUGUACAAAUUAUUUUUUCUUAAUGAUCUUGCAAUGUCCAAUAAAACCUGAUAUCCUGAAA